AUGUAUUUUGAUGAUGUGGGUACGGAGAACAGUGGUUAUCUCGAUGUUGUAUGUGAUGAAGCACUCUUUCGUCGUUUAAUUCCGUUCGAAGAAGCACAUUCGCAAUGUAGACUAAUGCUCGGUCAAUGGCAUACAUCAAAGAAUAUGUGUUCGGUUUUAAUCACAAUAUUUUCGGGUUACGGCAUUUUCAAGCUAGCUGCAAGUCUUGGAGUCAGAUAUUUUGAAAAACUAGAGAAACUUGUUGAGUUACCCGCCACCUGUCGUGUCUUAGAAUUAAUCUGUGUUGCUGUUGCUUGUGCAUUAACAACUUAUGCACAAAGUCUUGGACUGGCACUUUCAGAUCUUGAACAUACAAGCGAUUAUGUAAUUAAAGUGUGCUCUAAAUCAGGAGACGGGGGAGAUGGUGGUAUAGACAUAAUCGGAAUGUAUAAAAAAAUUCCGAUUAUAAUUCAAUGUAAAAAACAUAGAAGAUCGAUUGUUCCUGGUGUUGUUCGUGAACUCGAAGGAGUUCUUGGAAACCUUCCCAAGUGCGCUAUUGGAAUUUUGGUAGCCCCAAAAUUCAGUGAAGGGGCAGUUAGUCAAGUUUCUUCAUCUGAAUUCAAUAUCCUAUUGACGAAUGAAGCCGAUAUUGUUUCAGAUUUAAUUAAUUUUAUUGAAACUCGACAGAUUAUCUCAAAAUUGGAAUUAACAUUAGAAAAACUUCUUGGACUAAUUGGGCUCCAACAGAAAGAUGUAGAAGAGAUUUCGAAAAGAUUAGAGGUUCUUGAAAUCGAAAUAAGAAAAUCAUUGGAGAAUCUCGAAGUUCAACUUAAAAUUCAACAAUUGAAUAUGGAGGAAUCUUUCAGCUUUGUCCUUGAUAAGUUUGUCGAAUUCUCGUUUGUUAUUGAUAAGUUGUUCUUCUACCCAUUUCAAGUCCCUAAACUGUUCCAGAUAAACUUGUCAACAAACACUGACAUGCCAUCUCCGAAGGCUUGGUACAAGCUGAUGAAUCCGGAAAGUGCCUGGGACAAAGUCUCUUUGGAGGAAGUUAAUGAUGUGGCUGAUCUCAAGAAAGCAGUCAAGAAGGAAGCAGCACCCAAGCUUGAUGCCUUUGCUGCCUCUGACCUUACUAUCAAGGUCUUAAAGGACUGCAAAAAUGGGAGCCGGGCAAUUGAAGUACAUCCACAAAAGACACUAGCUGCCAUUAUUAGGGCCUUGGAGGAUCCUGCUGCAGUCCUUGCACACCUCGAAAUAGAAUCACCUUUAGCCCAAAAGCACUUCGCUGAAAAUAUCUGGGUUUUUGUGUAUGCCCCAUCUGAGCCCAUGCCUGUUGCAAAGAAAGCCCACAUAGAUAUGACUUUUACAUCUGUUCUGGCAGGGAAGACAUUAAUAUUAAGGCAUCAGCACGAUCUACCAAAGUUUUCACACAACUUCUAUGAUCACUGA